AUGUCGGAAUACUGGAAGUCCACACCCAAGUACUGGUGCAAGUUCUGCUCCACCUACGUCCGCGAUACUACGCUUGAGAAGAAAUCACACGAAGCCACCCCGAAGCAUCAAGCCAACAUCCAGCGCUCGUUGCGCGACAUCCACAAACAAACCGAACGCGAGGACCGCGAGAAGCAGCGCGCCAAAGAUGAAGUCGCCAGAUUGAACGGCCUGGUCUCCGGCAAACAACAGCCGACCAUCUCGGUCGCCUCUGGAUCGCAACCUCCUGCGCCAAAACUCAAGUCUACUGCCCCAUCCGGUCCCGCGUCUGUCGCCGAGCGCAAGCGUCAGAUGGAACAGCUCGCGGCUAUGGGCGUCGCUAUCCCGGAGGAAUACCGUCGUGACAUGUCUAUCCAAGGAGAGUGGGCCACAGUCUCGGAACGACCUGUUUACUCUCGCCCUGUCAAAUCUGGUUCUGACGAUGAUGAAGAUGAUGAUAAAGCAUUUGGCGUGAGGAAGCGAAAGCUCGAAGACGACGACGACAAACUGAAUCUUGCCCCAAAAGCUUGGGGGUCACGUCUAAAGUCAUAUCCUAGUUCCAAUGCCAAUACCGAACAUGAUCUGGAUGCUCUACUCUCCGGCGUCACCACAAAAAAGGAAGUCAAGUCCGAGGAAGCUGACUUGUUCAAGAAGGAGGCUGAUCUCGAUACUUCCGAUGCCAUUACUGCUGUACCAGACAUUGAUCAAGCUACUGCCAGCGAGUUCAAGGUCAAGAUCGAAUCCAAGCAAGAGCAGGAGCAGGAGGCUCCCGUCGUCUUCAAGAAGCGCAAGUCCAAACGCUGA